AUAAUAAAAACAUCUAUUCAAAAAGCUUAUACUGUAGGAGUAGGAUGAAUAUAUUUGACUCUGUUUAACCCCUGCAGUCAUCACAAGCACCGUUCGUCGCCAUGGUACUUUUGUUCCCAUAUUUUUAUACUUCCGGUGACUGUUAUUGACCUCACCGCUGUGUUUGUAAACACGACAGGCGUGCUGUCUGAAGCUAGCAGAGGUGGUCACACACAACAACGUACUGCCAGUGCUGAUCACGGCUAGGCUGAACCAUGGCUUCUGUAUCUUUGAAAUCUGUCAAUUUUGAAGUUUUUGGGAGGGUUCAAGGUGUAUUCUUUCGAAAGCAUACACAAAGCACUGCCAAGAAACUGGGACUGAUGGGCUGGGUGGAGAACACGAACAAAGGGACCGUCGUUGGCUGUGUGGAAGGGCCGGGGGACAAAGUGUCCACAAUGAAAACUUGGCUACGGGAAACUGGCAGUCCUGAAUCACUCAUCGAAAAAUGUGUUUUUACCAAUGAGAAGGACAUAGAUAGACCGUCUUUCCAAAAGUUUGGGGUUAGAGGAUUUUGAUUUGGCAUCUACUGCCUGUAUCGUGCCUAGCAGAAGGAAAUAUCACAAGAGCCAGGUUGUCAUUUUCACUUUGGGAAAAACAUUUGAUGAAAAGAUUCAGAUUUUCUCGCACUGUAUAGGUAUUCAAGGUCUAUGAUUUUUUCCAAGACCUGAUCAGUAAAUUAAGAAGACUUUUGCUUCAGUAAAUUAAGAGGACUUUUGUUUCAGUAAAUUAAGAAGACUUUUGUUUCAGUAAAUUAAGAAGACUUUUGUUUCAGUAAAUUAAGAAGACUUUUGUUUCAGUAAAUUAAGAAGACUUUUGUUUCAGUAAAUUAAGAAGACUUUUGUUUCAGUAAAUUAAGAAGACUUUUGUUUCAUAUUUGUUCACAAAUAUAAAUUUCUCUGUUAUUUCAAAAAUGUGAGAAAUAGUUUUUGAACUGGAAAUUGUGAACAUGACGUUGCAAAGCUUUAGUUUCCUUUCUUAGAACCGUUUUUACUUGAUUCAUAUUUAAGGUUUUGUAUCAAAUGUCUUUGUAUUCAAGAAUUUAGUUUGCAGUUUGGACUUUCAUGAGGUCUUAUUUUAACUUCUUCUUUUUUUUUUUUAACUUGCUGAGUGUGAUUUUCUGGUACGUUACGUAUUCUCUGAGACUAUCUGGUGGAUAUGUGAUUGUCAAGACUCACUGAGGAGAAGUAAUUACCAACAUAUGUGAUGUACAUUGUAGUCCUUCUUGGCUUGAUGAGAGCUAGGUAAAGAUGAAGUACUGGUACACCUUAGUGCUGUGUAGGACUCCGCACAUUUUGAAUGAACUUUUCUAUAAAUUGUUAAAUGAUA